UGCGAGGAGAUGUUGACACACAAGGAAGGAAAGGACAGCUUUACCUGGCUAAUAAGACAGCUUCGCACAAUCCUUUUAUCUGCAAAUAGGUCGCUAGAUUUAAUGCAUGUCUUGUUUUACACGACGCAUGCUCCAGGGGACGACAUUAAAACUUAAAACGGGAUUUUAUGUCGGAUUCAUGCUCGCCUUCAGAAACAACAUUGACAGGGAUGGAUUUAUAGCGCAACGGGAAAGGAUUUGUUAUGGUGUGCGCGUUUAAUUUUCUUCGCGUGCUGUGGUUAUCUGCUGUCCACACACAUGCGGCCACGACUGCCCAGAAAAAAUAACUGUGUGGAGAAUUGAAUGGAGCUCGGUUAACUUUAGCACAAGCGCUAAUUUAUCUUUAGCAAUUCAUUUGCAUUGCAAGAUUUGUCCGUCUGUAAACUGCUGCCCCAGCCCACACGUCCCGCCCCCAUCGUAUAUAAUCUGCAUUCGUGUAGUGCGCUGUCAAUAUGGUGGCCAAUGCUAUCCACUGGUUCCGAAAGGGACUGAGGCUGCACGACAAUCCGUCUUUAAGGGACUCUAUACGAGGGGCCCACAGUUUACGCUGCAUCUACAUCCUGGACCCUUGGUUUGCUGGCUCGUCAAACGUGGGCAUCAACAGGUGGAGGUUUCUGUUACAGUGCUUAGAGGAUCUAGAUGCCAGUCUGCGUAAACUCAACUCCCGCCUCUUUGUCAUUCGAGGUCAACCCACGGAUGUCUUCCCCAGGCUAUUUAAGGAAUGGCAGAUAACUCAUUUAUCCUAUGAAUAUGACUCAGAGCCUUUUGGCAAGGAACGUGACGCUGCUAUUCAAAAGCUAGCCACCGAGGCGGGGGUCGAGGUCAUGGUGCGGGUUUCGCACACCCUCUAUGAUCUAGACAAGAUCAUAGAAGCUAAUGGUGGUCAACCUCCUCUUACAUACAAGCGCUUCCAGGGACUCCUCAGUUGUAUGGAUGCUGUGCACUCUCCGGUAGAGACCAUCACGUUGGAAGUUCUCAAAAAUUGCGCAACACCCAUCAGUGAGGACCAUGAUGACAAAUUUGUGGUGCCGUCACUGGAGGAACUUGGUUUUGAGACUGAGGGCCUACCAACAGCAGUUUGGCCUGGUGGAGAAACAGAAGCCCUCUUAAGACUAGAGAGACAUCUUGAGAGAAAGGCAUGGGUAGCAAAUUUUGAACGUCCUCGAAUGAGCGCCAACUCGCUCCUGGCAAGUCCUACAGGCCUCAGCCCCUACCUUCGCUUUGGAUGCCUGUCUUGCCGACUCUUCUAUUUCAAGCUUACUGACCUGUACAUGAGGGUGAAAAAGAGCAGCACACCGCCGCUUUCCUUGUAUGGCCAACUGCUAUGGAGGGAGUUCUUCUACACAUCCGCUACCAACAACUCUUGUUUUGAUAAGAUGGAGGGAAACCCUGUAUGUGUCUUGAUACCCUGGGAACGAAACCCAGAGGCGCUCGCCAAAUGGGCAGAGGGACGGACAGGCUUUCCUUGGAUAGAUGCCAUUAUGACCCAGCUGAGGCAGGAGGGUUGGAUCCACCAUUUGGCCAGACACGCUGUGUCCUGCUUCCUCACCAGGGGCGACCUCUGGAUCAGCUGGGAAGAAGGCAUGAAGGUGUUUGAGGAGUUGCUGUUAGAUGCGGACUGGAGUGUAAACGCAGGCAGCUGGAUGUGGCUUUCUUGCAGUUCCUUUUUCCAGCAAUUUUUCCACUGUUACUGCCCCGUGGGAUUUGGGCGACGUGCGGAUCCUAACGGCGACUACAUUAGACGUUAUUUGCCCAUAUUGAGAGGGUUUCCGGCCAAAUAUAUCUACGAUCCGUGGAAUGCCCCAGAUGAACUACAGAAGGCUGCCAAGUGUGUCAUUGGGGUCCACUACCCAAAGCCCAUGGUGAACCAUGCUGAAGCCAGCCGUGUCAACAUAGAGCGGAUGAAGCAAAUUUAUCAGCAGCUUUCCUCCUACAGCGGACUAUGUUUGCUGGCAACAGUCCCACAUAAUUCCAACAGCGGGACAAAUGACAACAUGGGAGGAGUCACCCCAAGAACUAGUCAAGGGCCAGAAGGCUCCUCCGAAGAUGCAUCAAUCCGGAAGGGGACAUAUCAAGAAGGUGAGUUGAAUGCAGAUAGAGGACAAUUGAGGCAUAAGCGACGGAAUGAAGAAGGCCAAACCAAGAACCACUCCAAAUCCCUAAGGCCAAGCAAAUAGUCUUGCAAAGGACGGAAUACAAAACAACCUGAACGGCAACCAAAAGACCACAUUGUGCCUUCAGCUACUGACAAUUUACUGGAACUGAUACUGCCCUCAGUGGAGUCACGCUGGGGAGUGAUGAAUUCAGGUCCCUGUAUUACUGACUAUUGAAUUUGUUUUGAGAAGUACCCUUUGUAAAUGCAAUUUGAUUAUAGACAGCACGUUUGUUGUUAGCGUGAACCAAUCUCCAAGUUAGACAUUUUCCCACAGACAGUCUGUACCUUAGUCUUGGUACAUCAGGGGCUGCCAGGCCAUCUUUUCACAAAGCCAAAAACAUUGUUGUCCAUUCCCCAACAGGACUAUUGGUUUGCAAACAGUCAGUUACACAUCUGCAUAUCAUCGGCCACAGAGCACAAUUGUCUAAAACCAAAUUUUGUGAUGACGUUUUUUUUUAACAGAUAUUGUAACAAAAACAUCAACCAGAUGGGUGAACAAGUCAGCUAAAGGAAAAAAACUCAACACAAAAUACCUGUGGAUGUUCUAACAAUGAUCUUUUCUAUGUAUGUGGCCGACGAUAUGAAAAACA